AUAACAUAACCUCACAAUAAAAAUCAGUUAUUUGAUAAAGUUUUAAAGUAUGAGUAUUUCAACAACAAAAAUCUUAAAUCUUUAUAAACAACUUUUAAGGUACGGUUCAGAUCUAGAAUAUACAAACAAAGGAUAUUAUUUUCGCAAAAUUCGCCACGAAUUUAAAACCAACAAAAAUUUAACCGAUCCAAAAGAAAUUUCUUUUAAUUAUAAGAAGGGUUUAUCACUUCUCGAGCGACAAUCGGUGAAAUGAUUCUUCGCUACAUUAUUAAACCUCCUCCUCUUAUAAUUGCAAAUUUUAAGCGGCUAAAACAUUGUGUUGAUUACACCAAAGUGCCGAAGUUAUUCGAAAAGGAUUUGGAAGAACAACAUGUGCGUGGAAGUGGCCCCGGGGGGCAAGCGACUAAUAAAACAUCGAAUUGUGUCGUAUUAAAACACCUCCCAACAGGGAUUGUGGUAAAAUGUCAUGAAGAUAGGUCGUUGAUGAUAAAUCGGAAGAAAGCAAGGGCUAUUCUAAUUCAAAAAUUGGAUAAUUUAAUUAAUAAAGAGGAGAGUGUUCAAGCACAAAUUGAUAAAAUUGAGAAGAAAAAGUCAGAAGCUGCUUUAAAAAAAAGGGAAAAAUUAAAAACCAUGAAAGAGGAGUGGAAAAGACGAGAGAAUAUUAAAUAAAACUACGAUUAAUUAUUGUUAAUUACUUUUAUUGGUUUUUAGUUGAAUAUGAAAAAACGAUUAUGCGAAAUACAAAAA